CCAACGUUAAUUUUGUCAUUGUGUACAAAAAUCACUAAUGGAGUAAUUUUCUCGCAAUUUAUUAAUUUAAUACUUUUCGACUCUAUUUAAAAUGCCAGCCACGCUUUUUCACCGAUUCGUUUUAACUAUUGGGUUUUUGUCUCUGUUUCACGUUGCGUAUUCAGCAGCCCAACAUCGUUCGUAUUUGCGAUUAAACGAGUUGGAUUUCACCCACUUGCCACUCGAUGUUAUAAUUCAAGCCUUCAUCAGUUUAUUUGUCAUAAUGUAUGGGGUCAUGAACGUCGCAGGCGACUUUAAAGAAAUCAAAGCCUCUGCCGAGUUGGAAAAUCGGUUUUGGGAGACCUUCAAAAACGUCCCUUCGUUCUAUACAUUCAGUCACCGCGGUAGAUUUCUCAACCCGUCGUAUUCUAGUUACAAAGACGACGACGAGUGAUUGCAAGUAUUUAUUUGGAAUACUAUUGUUAAGUGCAUGGUACAGAUUGAAAAUAAAUAAUGCCUUUAGUCUUAA